AUGCCGUGGCGGCUAGAAAUCGCCGCUUCCUGCACUUGUUUUCUGCUUGCUGUUCAAUGCCUCCUCACAUACGAAUUCGAACCCACCCUCGAACGAAGCGACGAAGGCGCUGGAUUCGUUAUUAGUAUCGACCAAGCAAUGAGGCGACCCCUAAAAGAACAAUGGCACCCACUGUCCCCGCAUAUCGCCCUUCGCCCAGGCUACCUGCGCCUCGACAUGCACAUCGAGCCCUCGUACGCUUUCUACGGUAGACCUGGCGGCGAUUCCUCGGCGUCCCAUCUGCCAGACAACAACGGCAUAUCUGCUUCACGAAGUUUGGGAGCAGGGCUCAUGCAGCAGCAGAGUCAAGUCGUCACUAUUGGGCAGAGACCUCGGCUUGUUUGA